UGUAGCGAAUUAAAUCUGUUAAGUGCAGUGCAGUAGUGAUUGGUGUUUCUGCAAUGGAUUGUUUAUUAAAUACCACAAAUAUCUGUGGCUCGACAUUAACAGAUGUUGGCGGUUUAUUAUUAUUACAAUUAUUUCAUAAUUUGUUACAAUCGAAGUAUGCAACGACUCCCGAUUACCCACGGGAUCAUGCCAAUGAUUAUCUAAACACAUACGAUUUUAUUGUGGUAGGAUCGGGAUCUGCAGGUGCUGCAGUAGCAGGUGAUUUGGCGGCACAAAAAAAUUGGAAAAUUUUAUUAAUUGAAGCUGGUGAUAAUCCAGAUUUAUCUUCGGAAAUACCACAUUUAUUUUUUUCACGAGUGAAUUCCACACAGGACUUUUGUUAUCGUGUUGAACCUCAAAAGAAUUCUUGUCGAGCUUUUAAUAAUCAUCAAUGUGCAUGGCCUCGGGGAAAAGUUUUGGGUGGUUGUUCAGCCAUGAAUGCUAUGGUUUAUAAUCAAGGUAAUCCACAAGAUUACGAUUAUUGGGAAGAAUUGGGAAAUGACGGAUGGUCUUGGAAAGGAGUUGAAAAAUAUUUUGAUCGUCAAAUGAAUGAAGUUAUUAAACCAAUUGAUUAUGACAGGGAUGAAAAAGAUAUUUUAACGGAAACUGCAGAAAUAUUUAUAAAAGCUGGAAAAGAAGUGGGAUUAAAUUAUUUAACGGAAAAAGAAAAAGUUUCGCGUGGUUAUGUUGGGAUAUAUAAAGUUUUGGGUACUGUAGAAGAUGGACAACGCAAAAGCUCUGCUAAAGCAUUUUUGGUUCCUAUUGCUAAGCAAGAAAAUUUACAUGUUAUUAAAAAUGGAUUUGUUACAAAAGUAUUAAUAGACGAAGCCACAAAAGUGACAAAAGGUGUAGAAGUGUUUUUGAAUAAUAAACUAAUUCAAAUUAAUGUUGACAAAGAGGUGAUUUUAAGUGCUGGGUCUAUAAAUACACCACAGAUUUUAAUUUUAUCUGGUAUUGGACCUGAAGAACAUUUAACCAAUUUAGGAAUUAAAGUUAUCCAAGAUUUACCAGUGGGUCAACAUUUACAAGAUCAUCCCAAUGUAAUGCUUCCCGUCGCUAUUUUUGAUAGUACUUCGGAUAAUUAUACAAAUUUAAUUGACGCUAAUCAAAUUUUUAAAUAUUUCACUCAUGGGAAUGGACUUUUAUCUCGAAUCGGUUUAACAAAUCUUUUAACUUAUGUGAAUCCAAAAGAUCCCAAUUCCGAUAUUGGUGAAAUUUCACAUAAUUACAUAUUUUACCCAAAAAAAGAUGAAGUGUUAUUGGAGAAAUUUUUGGCUCGAUCAAACUUUAAAGCAAAUGUAAUUACAAAAAUUAUGGAGCAAAAUAAAAAAACACCAAUUAUUCUUGUAUUCCAUACUUUAUUACGCCCUAAAUCUAGAGGUGUAAUUACAUUACGAUCCAAAAAUCCAUUUGAUCAUCCAAUAAUUGAUCCAAACACACAUUCCGUCCACGAAGAUCUUGAAACGUUACUUGGAUCUAUUCGACACUUACAAAAAGUUUUUCAAACUAGUGUGCUUAAACCUCAUACGCCAAAAAUUUUGGACUUCGAUUUCGAUGAAUGUAAAAAUUUUGCAAAAGAUUCAAAUGAAUAUUGGAUUUGUAUAAUUAAACAAUUUUCCGCAACUUUAUAUCAUCCUGCGGGUACAGCUCGUAUGGGAAUCGAUUCAAAGGCAAGUGUAGUUAGUCCUCGAUUAAAAGUGCAUGGUGUAAAAGGGUUACGUGUGGCGGAUUGCAGUAUUAUGCCAAAAAUUGUUGGUGGAAAUACACAUGCGCCAUGUAUGAUGAUUGGCUCGAAGGCGGCUGAUAUGAUUAUACAAGAUUGGUCACAAGGUCAUUAUGAACUAUAAGAUAUAUUUGAUAAUGCACUUUCUUUUGUUUUAAAAUAGAUCAAAUAUCGGAUGAUAACAUGUUUUUCACAACAUGUUUCAUGUUUUUAUAAAUGGCCUAAGUGUCAUAUUAAGUUGAUUUAGUUAUCAUAUUCAUAUCCAGUUAUCAGUUAUUCAUAUUUUGGCUUUGAAAUUUUGAAUUUUAUCAAAAUAAAAAAAGGUUUUGGUAUUUUUUGAU